AAUUAAAAAAAAUACUUUCUGUUUUGGUUUUCUCUCACUGCAUUUCCUCUCUUCGCAAUUUCGGCUGUUCAGAUUAGAAGAAUCUUCUUAUUGAGAAAUGAAGAGAUAUAGGAAUGGUGAAAUCUGGGAAUUCGAGCACGAAGUUGCGGUGGCCACCAACCGCCCGGUUAUUUUAGGAUUGGACGGUGGAACCACUUCCACUGUCUGCAUUUGCAUGCCAAUUAUGCCUUUCUCCGAACCCCUUCCCGACCCUCUUCCCGUUCUCGCUCGUGCCGUCGCCGGUUGCUCUAAUCAUAACAGCGUUGGCGAAACUGCUGCCCGGGAAACAUUAGAGCAAGUUAUGGCUGAUGCUCUUUCAAAAUCUGGUUCUAAUCGAUCUGCUGUUCGAGCUGUUUGUUUAGCAGUAUCUGGUGUUAACCAUCCUACAGACCAGCAAAGAAUAUUAACUUGGCUUAGAGACAUAUUCCCCAGCCAAGUAAAGCUCUAUGUACGAAAUGAUGCUGUGGCAGCUUUGGCUAGCGGGACAAUGGGUAAGCUCCAUGGUUGUGUGCUAAUUGCUGGUACUGGAACCAUUGCCUAUGGAUUCACAGAAGAUGGCAGAGAAGCUAGAGCAGCUGGUGCUGGGCCUGUCCUAGGUGAUUGGGGAAGUGGAUAUGGAAUCGCUGCGCAGGCACUAACUGCUGUAAUUAGAGCUCAUGAUGGUCGUGGUCCACAUACGAUGCUUACAUCUACCAUUUUGCAGACUCUUGUUCUUUCUUCUGCUGAUGAACUAAUUGGGUGGACCUAUGCAGAUCCAUCCUGGGCUCGCAUUGCUGCACUUGUUCCAGUUGUUGUCUCUUGUGCAGAGGCUGGUGAUGAUGUUGCAAAUAAGAUUUUGAAAGAGGCAGUUCAAGAGUUGGCUUCAAGUGUGAAAGCUGUUGUUCAGAGACUUGGACUGUGUGGUGCAGAUGGAAAAAGUUACUUUCCUCUUGUUAUGGUUGGCGGAGUUCUUGAAGCAAACCAGAGGUGGGACAUAGGAAAAGAAGUCAUGAACUUUAUCUCCAAAGACUACCCCGGGGCCCUUGCAAUUAGACCUAAGGUGGAGCCGGCAGUUGGUGCGGCAUUGCUAGCGUUGAAUGAGUUCAUGAAAGAAUGUGUUCAGGAAGCAUUCAGAAGAUGAUCAUUCAGAUUUCAAUUGUACAGCAACAAGGAUAAACUAAGAGGGGAACACAUACCGAAAUGAAAAACUGUGUUCAAGGGAAUUAAGCAAAUUUCUUUUUUCGGGUUAGUAUUUUUAUUAGGUAUUGUACGAGUCCGCUGGCAUACAGUAGAUUUCGUUGUUUGAAUAUUUCUGAUAGUUACUGUGUAUAACAGCUGCUGCUAUUCCAUGUCAAAGGUGUACAACUGUAUGAAUAGAGAAUUGUAAACGAGCAGUGGAUCCAUACACUGCAAUGGCUAAGAUGAAGCCAGUGAUUUGUUUUCAGGGGAAUUUUAUAGUUAUUACUACGAAA